UGUUAAAAAGCCAGGAGAUUGAUCAUCAGGUGUGAACCGAAAAAAUCUCGGCACUUUGUUGGCCUUGUCGGUUUUGCUUUUAUUUUAUAUGAAAUAUGUCACCGCACAAAAACUUUUCACACCUCUUUGCUUUAAUGUGCGUCGUUGGAGGUAUGUUUUGCACCUUGAAUUCGGAGCGCAUAGUUAUAAUCGAAUACAGACUUAAAAAAACUUCAGUAUCGGUUGCUCCCAAGCUAUGGCACAGCGAAAGGAAACUCCAAAGAAACUUUAUCCGAAAUCUGACUUGUUGUCGGAGUGCAAGUGUCGCCUUUGUGCUGGCGUUUUCGAUAAGAAGCACUGCAAAAAUUUAUUUCUAGUGCGAAAUAAAAGCCUUCUUUGUGUCGCAGAAUUUGUAAAUGGUGGAACUCUUGCGAAUGAGGACGGGCUUCCUAAACUUUUAUGUCGGCCUUGCGAGAGAAGGCUUGACAAUUUUGCCAAGUUUAGGAGAAUAGUGACUGAAACCCAAAGUUCUUUGACAUCGAAAAAGAGAUGCAUCAACGAAUCAUCGCCAUCUGUAGCCAUGAGCAGCAUUAAGAGUUCGAGAACCAGUGAAGCAGAUGGAAGUGUGGGCUCUCGCCGCAGCUUGUCUUUUGAUACUGCAAUUGAUUCAACGCUACAAGAAAUUGCCCCUUACCAGGACGCGUCAUUCGAUGAAAUACUAAAAAGGAUUAAUGAUGAAUUGCGUGAAGUAGCUAGAAGAGAGACGAAUUCAAAGCUUCGCAGCCGUCAUUUUGAGGGAUUGAGCACCUUUUCACCAGAGCAAAUCAUAGACGAGUUGCGCACGAUAUGCCCUGCGACUUACAGAAUUUUAGCAGAAAUGUUGGAACUCAAUAUUUCGGAAACGCGGAUUGUUCCAAUGACAUUGAUAUACGGGGUGAUUAUGUUCAAAAGAUGCCACGAGUUGAGUUAUUUCCAGCGUAUUAACAGUGUAAUUCUGGCGGAUAGUGGUGCGAAUACCGAGGUAUAUGAAAGGUUUAAUAAGUAUGGUAUAUGCCUCGAAAAGACAAAGAAAUAUACUAUUCAAGAUGAGAUUGGCACACACUUUCUUGACAAAGUGGUUGAAGAAGUGAAGGCUGGGAAAACUUUCUCCUUUGUACUUGAUAACAUUGACUGGGAGGAAAAGGUCCAUGAUAUGCGAUCUGAUCAUCAAAACAAAAGUGUGCAUGCUGUUGCAACAUCUGUAGUUUUUGAUCGCAUAUCAUCAAGCCAUUUGCAAGAUGAAGAGCCCCAGCAGUCGUUAGCUCAUACUGACAUAGCCAAGUUGGUUGGUCUAAGAGAUGAUGACCUGGCAAAGCAACGCCAAGCAUACAAAAUGAUAGCGGCAAAAAUCAUGUGUGAGAACAUCCCUGCAUUUGACUUUAUAAAGGAUUUGGUAAACAGCACUGACCAGUCUUCCAUGCAUGGUGACCAAAUGAAAGCUAAAUCAAUUGUUGUGCCAUUUCCAGUUCUUUUAAAGGAUGAAAAGAAAUAUGGCGAGAUUGUCGAUGUUCUGGAUCAGCUUGAAACAUGGGUCCAUAAGAUUUUUGCUAAAGCUGGACACAUUCCAGAUAGUGACACAUACAAUGACUGCAGUCAGUCUCAUUCUGAAGAUGAACAACACCUACUCCUGCCUGCAACUACUUCUAGACCAGAUCAACCAUUGUCACAUGUACAACCUGCGGCUGACCCUAAUGACCCUUUGGCAACAGUUAGAGUACCCUGUUAUGGUGAUCAACUCACUAGAGUACGCCUGGCUGGUGCAAAAGAUUUAAGAGCUGGAUGUCAUACAGCACGAGAUCGACUGGAUCAUAUUCAUCCAAUAAAGGUUGCUGAUUGGCACUGUAAAAGAAGUUUUUUGAAGCUUAUUUUUAAGAUGCUAUAUAAAAAUUCUACACGAGCAAGGGGUACACUGAGGUAUUUCAGAGAGAAAUUACAACGCAGAAAUGUUACCCAGGAUAUUAAGCAUUAUGAGGAUUGUGAACAAUUAUUUCUCACGGUCGGCAGGGCAUACACCAUUGUAGCAUUGCUACAAUUUUUUGGAAUGGAUGAUAUCAAUGACUCUCCACAAAUCCAUAUUCCACCACAUGAUGUACUGCAUGGUGAUGGGGAAAAACAACAGUACUUUGAUGAUGUUCUGGAUAAGUUUGUGGAUGAGUACUUGUUUCCAGCUCAAAAUAACUCUGAGUCGGGUGAGGAGUCAGAAGAUGAGGACCACAUUGAUAGGGUAAGGGAAUAUUCAUUAUGCCUUUUAAGAUUAUUUUUUACCCUUCAAUGUGUUAAAGAAGCAGUGAAAUUGGGGGACGGUGAUUGGCUUGCAUCUCUACGAAAGGUGCUUUUGAAACAUUUUAAAAGUAACGCAGGUCAUAACACUUAUGCCAUUGAGAUGCUAAUCAGCAUCUUGCAGGAUGAAGUGUUUCUGACAAAGAGACAGGCUUAUCAAACUCGUUGGGCUUCUACUGUUAACUGGAAAGGUGGUGCAGCAAACAAUAUUGAAAUUGAUCUUCUUCAAGAAAACCUCAAUCGAGAAUUGAAAAAAGGUAUUAAAGGAAUGGGAGCUAAUAAAACACCCCAGGCAAUUGAACGGUUAAGUAGAGCUGCUGGGGGCACUGCUGAAAUCAUCAGCAACUUUGACCAUGCUGUAGGGAUCAAGAAGAAGGCAUCAUCUCACAAGCACAAGUCUUCUGAGAAGGAUGAAAAGAUUAUUCUUUCUGAUCUCUUAGAAUUGAAACCAUUUGAGAAUAUUGGUGAUCGUUCUCAUGAUGGUUUUUCAGAUAUAUCUUCAGAUCCAUUAGCAAAAUUAGACAAUGCUGCCUUUUAUGAUUGGCUAAAUAAACACAAAAGGAACAUUACAAAGCACGGACCAGUAGACACAUCAGAUGAUGAAGAAUUAUAA